UAAAUCACGCGUCACGCCACGGCGCUGAGUGGUAGUAUAGUACCUGAUAGUGGUGUGUGGCAUCAGCGUGUGGUGUGACGAUGGGGUGACUGGAACCGGCGGGUCAGUCGUCAUCAGCUGAUCCAUCGACAACAAACAUGGCAGCAGCGGAUGACCGGACCUUCCUUCAAGCCUUUGCGAACUCGUUAGGAGCACCGGAACCUGCUUUACGCCUGCUAAUAUCCAUACUGAUAGGGUAUCCACUUGUGUUAAUACAUCGCUACUCCCUCUAUUGUAAAAAUCCUCUCAUUCAGCACCUUUACUUCAUAGCAUCUGGGGUUAGCAUCGCACUUUUCAACUAUGGUCAGAAUGUGGUACACUCAGUCAUAUGUGUCCUUGUGGCCUGGCUUCUCCUCCUGGUCAUGGGUGGAACGCUUCUUUCAGUUAUUAUUUCAUUCAUCUUCCAAAUGACGUAUCUUCUUGUUGGCUACUACAUGACUGGCACUGACACAUACGACAUAAAAUGGAGUAUGCCCCAUUGCGUGCUGACUCUUCGCCUUAUUGCACUUACCUAUGAUGUCUACGAUGGAAGGAAAGAUCCUGAAAAGUUGUCUGGUGAUCAGCAAAAGACUGCCCUGCCGUUCACACCAACCCUCAUUGAGAUAGCCGGGCACACCUACUUCCCAGCCUCCUUCAUGGUGGGGCCACAGUUCUCCAUGAGGCGCUAUUUGGACUUUGUCAAGGGUUCCUUGGUUGGGUGUGAGCUGCCUCCCUGCCUGAUACCGGGGCUGCUGCGAGGGAGCCUAGGAAUGUUCUACUUGGCUGUGUAUCAAGUGGGGAUCAGCUGGUUACCCGAUGCUUUCAUCAACUCGGAAGAAUAUUAUGCUCUGGCAUUAUGGAAACGACACAUUGUGGUGGGACUCUGGGCCAAGAUCACUCUUUACAAAUAUGUUUCAUGCUGGUUGAUAGCUGAAGGGGUAUGCAUUAUGUCAGGCCUCUCAUACUCUGGUAAGGACGCUAAUGGCAACUGCCUGUGGAACGGCUGUGCUAAUGUGAAGAUUGGCCUUUACGAGGGAGCCACCACCUUUGGUCACAUGAUUGCUUCAUUCAACACUAAUACAAAUGCUUGGGUAGCGCAAUAUGUCUACAAGAGACUGCGGUUCCUGAACAACCGCUACAUCUCCCAGGUGUCAGCAUUGGUGUUCCUGGCAGUGUGGCACGGACUCCACUCGGGAUACUACGCCUGCUUCUUUAUGGAGUUUGUUGUCAUGAACUUUGAAAGAGAUCUGUCUAACUACGUGAAACAGUACCCUCGGCUGGUUGCCAUCUUAAAUGCCGGUCCUUUGAAGUACAUCAAGUUUGUGGUCCUGAAGCUGUAUGUUAUAGUCUUCAUGGGCUAUUGUUUGGGACCUUUUGUACUACUGAAGCUCCACAGGUGGUGGCAGUUCUACAACUCUUUGUUCUUCUCUGGACAUGUUGUGUUUGCUGGGUGGCCUUUGUAUGCUCCUGCAGUGAAAGCAUUAAUAAAGGCCAUUGGUGGAGAGAGAAUAAAGUUAGAAAAGUCCAAGUGAACCAGUGUAAUGAGAAUGCAUGAAACAAGGGAGAGACUGUAUGUCCUGCAGCUUCAGUGCAGAUGUGAGAAUACCAAGAUGAUUGUGUCAAGUUAACCUACCUCUCUGCAGUCCGCCAGCUGCACCAAUCUUGAUAACUCUGUAAUCAAGUCUAUAUGUAUCUUUUCAUUCAUCCUUAACUUGAUAAUAUCAUCCUAGGAUAAUUCAAUUCAUAUGCAUUUAUCCAGCAGUUCCAAGAACUUGUGAAUACAUAGCCUUGUGUUUACACAAUACACUACUUUUCCAAGCAAUAGUAUACAAUAGCCUGUUGCUUAUAUUUAUAUCAUCCUGUUGUGGGAACCACAUGUGUGAAAUAUUCUGGGGACAGCUUUAGAUACUAGUGGCUGCUUCCCAUGAAAUUUUACUGUGUACACUGACACUUGCACAAUUAUUUAAUUACUUGGUUUGGAGUUUUGUCACUGCCUUUAUUCCAUAUUUUGAACUCUGUCCUUGAUACAUGAUUGAAAAUAUUUUUGCAUUGUAACUUUUCAUUGUGGACUUCCCUUAGUUAUAUUAUAUAUAGCUCUGUAAAUGGAUCUAAGUCAAGAAAAGUAAAUUUUUCUUUUGUACAAAUUUUUUGUUUAUCUGAAUUAUUUUGUAGUCACACUUUGCUUUCUCUUUUGUAAAAAUGAGAUCUUAUCAGUGGUCAUUAUUGGGAGGCACAUGAAAACACUUCAUAAUGACAGUUACUAAAAGCAGGGAUCUUAUUCUGGAGCUGAACGGUUAAAACUUCCUUUGUCUUGUUGACAUUAGAAUAGGAAUUCCAUUUUGAGAGUCUUGUCCAAUGUUCCAUUUCCAAACCUGUACUUAACCUUUUAUCCCUCUUGAAAAUAGCACAUAGAGUUUACUUAACAGUAGAAAAGAGUGUUCACAAAUUUGUCAGAUGUUGCAACUCAUUCAUAGUCUUGUAUCUUGGUGUCUUUGAUGAUGAAAGGAAUGGGGAUAAAUUUUGAUAGGAUGAUGUUCACUAGUGGUAGCCACAGACAAACGUUCAAGCAUUAGCAACAAACUAUGUGUGAGCUUGAGGAGUCCCUUGCAGUGUAGCAAGACAUUUAUACCCUAAAUGACCAGAUUGUUUCUAAGAGAGACCAUUUUGUAAUAGUUACGGUUUUUACUUGUGGACUUCAUGAUGACAACAUUUAUAGUUGUUCUACAUGACAAAGUUGUUUUAUAUGUUGUUAUUAUUUUAUUUUUUUUAGCAUGGGUAUAUCAUGAUAGUGAAUCUUUCCAGGUAUUUAUUUGCAGUUCUCUAUCCAGACAGGAAUGUAUGUGUUGUGCUGUAUAUACUGUAUGUAUUUAUCUGUAUACAUCCAUGAAUGUAUGCACAUAGUAAAAUACAUGAACUUUUAAGAACUUCAUCAUCAAUACAAAUGAACCAUCACUUCCUACAAAUAAAAAUGUGUACAAUAUUACACUGUAUGAUAGCUCACCUCUGUGUCUAGUUUAUAGUGUAGUAGUUAUUGGUCUGUAGUAAUCUGCAGUUAGGUGAUAACCAAGGUGAUAUGCAUUCACCAAUACUGCAGUGUUAUUUGUCCACAUCUUUAGCAGUGGUGAACAUGAGCUUUGAAGUGGUGUGCUGCCUCCAGGGAAGGACUCAAGGUACUUGUGUCCCCUCAUUGAUAUUUCACAAUUUAAGCUUAUGUUGCCACUGCAAAUUAUAUAGUUUCUCACUUGAGAUUUCAUUGUAUUGAUUAUUCUGUUGGAAAUAUUUGUUACAAUCUGUAUACGUUUUAUUUUCUGUUAUUCCAUUACUGAAAUGUGGUGACUGUUUAGAAGUAUUACACAUUACUUUUUGUUGUGAUGUUAUUGUGUCUUUUGUAUUUGGAGUAAGAGUUGCAUGAUGAAUCGCCUGCAUUAUAAAAUAUUGUCACCUGUGAGUAAUAUCAACAGAUUUCUCUAAAAAGUGUCUGCAUUGAAAGAAAACAAUACUCAUGUAUGGAUUUUUGUGUUCUGCAAAUCUUUGACCAAUGUAGAAUUUUCUGUAGUGUGUAUAACAGAUUUGAUGUGUCAAGUAAAGAUGAAGGAAUGAAGUGUGCAUUGGUUGAAGGGGAUAUGCAGCAUUCUAAGGUGUGACCACAUUGAGGGAAUGGUCUAAAAUGAGGUGAUCAAGAGAUUGUAUAAGAAUGUAAUAGAUGCAGUAGGUGCAAGAGGAUGACCCUCAAUGAAAUGGGAGGGCAAAUUGUCUCUGUGAGAGUAAGAGAGAAAGAGCAUACAAGAAGAGGAAUAAUUUGACUCCUGUUGUGGUCAUUCCCAUGAGGAUUUCUUAGGAACAGUAAGGCCUUGGAUGUAGAAAACAUAGGUUACAGUAACCUCUUAGGUGAGAAAGAAUUGUCUAGCAUUUAGCAUGUGCACAAUGAUCUACCGAGUGCCCAGAAUUAACACUUACCAGUUGAUUUUAGUUAGACACAAUUUUCAAUUUUCAAAUGAACUUUUGUCAUUCAGGAACAAAUAUUUCUAUGAAUUUUUGAAUAUUUUGACCUUGUUUCCAAUAAAGAAACAUAAGGA